AAAGCUGGCUUCAAGUUGUGUUUGAUAUCAGAAAGAAAUACAGUGGCUCAGAAUCACAAGCUAUUAGAGGACGUCGAAUGUUCUGUCAUAAUCACGACGAAUGCGGCCUUUCCACAGGUUCGAGCCACUUUGAGUGGAAAGCAGAUCUCCGUUAUAGAGCUGCCUCUAUUUGAGCAGCUCCUACAUGAGCACCAAAGAAGAUAUGAGUAUAAUAAGGAACUCAAGUUCCUGUAUUACGAAACCGCUUUCAUCAUCCACAACCCGUGUUCCACAGGCAAGUUAUCAAGAAGCAACACUUAAGUUAAGGGGGCAUCAGCUGAUUGACCCUAGGAUCGCCGAAGCCCAUGUUGUUAUCUCACAGCUUCAUCGCAAAUGUAGCACGUAGUAUCGGGCUCUCUGCCCCGGAGGGCUAUGAAACUCAGAGCUCCAUGCUUGGGAACAAUAGAUGCCUUUUGCUUUGCCCUCUGAGUGACGUAAGUAUAGAAAUCCACUCUUUCCGCAGGAUGUUGCUGACAGAUAUCAAGCCGGCUGGCGUACACUUCAGUGUUUUGAAUGCUAUUUUUAAUAACACAGCAGUCAUCCUGCCACUCCCUGAGUUGCCCCAAACGGGCCGAAGUUUGACCCAGACGCUCCGAUAUAUUGACGCAGAUUGGGCAGCUCUAACUCCAUCAACCUUAGAAGCCAUGUCGAAUGAUCUGUCAUCGCUAGAGGCAGCUGCGAGUCAUCUCGAAUGUCUUGUAUUUGCAGGAGGUUAUCUUGCUAAAAGAUAUGGCGACUUGAUUGCUUCCAAGAUUAAGCUUAUGCCCUCGCCACAUUCACCUGAAACGGGGCAGCUUCCCACGAUAUAUCGACAUGAACAUGAUUUCAGAUACGACUGGAACUACUUUCGGUUCCACCCUGCUGUGGGUGCAAGAUUUAUCCCGAUGGGUGCGGGCGUAUAUGAACUCGUGUUCAACAGAACACUUGCCACCGAACUGUAUUUGCCGAUUUUGGCCAACUCAUACGAGUUUCUGGCACAAGAUUUAUACGCCAAGCACCCAACUAUACCAGAUACAUGGACCCAUGCACCGCAAGUGAUACCUUUAAUUCAUGGAGAAAAGGCAGAGCCCAUCGAAUUCAACAGAAAUGUAUGUAGCUUCUCAGAUAUCUCAGCUACUCUCGAGCAGGUUCCUGGCGGUUAAUGAAGUUUAGCGACUGCAAUUCUCAGCUUCCUGAAUCACUACAAAUCGGGAGCCCCUUGCAUGGCUCGAAAUCUACUCGUAUCCCUGUAAUCCAGAAUUUGAAGGAGUUUGGCACUGCUCCUCCACCUGCACGAUGUUUAGACAAGAGCUAUCCACAACCAUCACAGAAAAGACAAGACCGCAAGAAUUCAUUCAGCUGACCUGACCUCGGCCUUCAUCGCAACUUGUCCGCUAGGAGCAAGAAUUUGCACUGCUCCUACACCAGAUCCCUCCUCCUCACCGAGCACAAUCUGGUACUUGUCCUCUGCGUAUAAUGGACUCGUCGCCCUGUACGUAAUGCUCCCUGGGAGCAUCGCUGCAGGAUCGC